UGGUUUAAAAAACGUGUAAUACCAAAGUCGACUUGUAUAUUAAAAUUUAAUGAUAUAAGAACGUACAACCUUGAAUGUAAAUAAACAGAAUGUCAGAUUCUAGCCGACGUGUUUCGCUGUUUUGGACUAUACCGUGGUGGGAGAAUGAACAGUGAAAUGUCUUCGUUGGAACUUGUAGUCAGUGUUAACUUUCUAAUCGCGCGGAUCGGACCUGAUAAGAUAUUAGCGGCAAUUUAAUAUCACUUCAGUGUAAAAUACGAGAACGUAAUGUCAUACGAAACUUUGAAGGAAGGAUUGAUCGCUCACGGUCAAGAGCAUCUUAUCAAAUAUUGGCCGGAACUUAAUGAAAAUGAGCGGGAACAAUUGGCGGGAGAAAUCGGAAAAUUGGACAUGGCCGAAAUGAAUACAAUUUUUCGACGUGCUAUGGACAGUACUAAAGUUAUUUUAGAGAAGACUGAUGAUGAUUUGAAACCGAUACCCGAAUCGCACUACGAAUCCGUGCCCGGAUUGACUAAAGAAAAAAUUCAAGAAUACGAAAAUAUUGGUUUCAAAGAAAUUUCUGAAGGUAAAGUUGGUGUUUUGUUACUGGCUGGUGGGCAAGCAACCAGACUUGGGUUCGGUCAUCCUAAAGGAAUGUACAAUGUUGGAUUACCAUCAAAGAAGACUUUAUUCCAAAUUCAAGCUGAGAGAAUUCUUAGAGUACAGAAUAUGGCUACUGAAAGUACCGGAAAAGAGGGUAAAAUAACUUGGUACAUAAUGACAUCUGAACACACUAUGGGUCCUACAGCAGAUUACUUCAAAAAUCAUUCAUACUUUGGUUUGAACGAGGAAAAUAUUAAAUUCUUCGAGCAAGGAACAUUACCUUGCUUUGAUUUUGAUGGUAAAAUAUUUUUAGACAAGAAACACCAUGUCUCUUCAACUCCGGAUGGCAAUGGUGGGUUAUACCGAGCUUUGAAGACCCAAGGUGUGCUAGAAGAUAUUAAAAGAAGAGGUGUACAACACUUACAUGCACAUUCCGUUGAUAAUAUCCUUACUAAAGUUGCUGAUCCAGUGUUUAUAGGGUAUUGUAAGAGUAAAAAUGCAGAUUGCGCAGCCAAAGUUGUAUCAAAGUCAACUCCGAGUGAAGCUGUUGGUGUUGUAUGUAGAGUGAACGGACAUUACAAAGUAGUGGAGUAUUCCGAAUUAACAGAUGAAGCUGCAGAACGUAGAAAUCCUGAUGGACGACUUACCUUCCGUGCAGGAAAUAUUUGCAACCAUUACUUUUCUUCCGAGUUCCUUAGAAAAAUAUGCGAUUAUGAAACGAAAUUGAAGUUGCAUGUUGCUAAGAAGAAGAUACCUUAUGUAGAUGAAAAUGGUGUCCGUCAAACUCCAUCAGAGCCAAAUGGUAUUAAAUUGGAAAAGUUUAUAUUUGAUGUGUUUGAGUUUGCGGAGAAGUUUAUAUGCUUAGAAGUUGCCAGAGAUGUUGAGUUUUCUGCACUGAAAAAUUCUGAUGCCGCCAAAAAAGAUUGUCCCUCUACAGCCAAGGAGGAUUUACUGCGUCUACAUAGAAAAUAUAUAAGAGAAGCUGGUGGUGUUAUUCAAGAUAAUAUUGAUGUAGAAAUAUCUCCAUUAUUGUCUUAUGGUGGUGAAAAUUUAGAGGAUUUAGUGAAAAAUGAAGUAUUUGCUAUUUCUCCAUUCCAUUUAAAGAGUAUUUAUGAAUCAACAACCAAUGGUGUAAAUGGAAAUCACUGAUAAACAAAAAAACUCCACUAACUGACACCUGACACUCUGGAAUACGAAUCGUAAAACAAUUCAUCAAAAUAGUUUAAAUAGCUUUUUAUCCACAUAAAAAAAAAACUUGAGAUGUGUCAUCUUUAAAUUUUAAAUUACAAAUUAUACAUCGUCAUAAAUGAUUGCGGUAAUAUAAUAAUUAACUUACUUAAUUCUAUGCCCCAGUAAUUUUUUUAAUUGCCUAUACAAUGGACUUCUACCAUAGAUUUAAAACCUAUACAUACCUAACACAAGUGACGCGAAUAAAGGCCUAAAAAUUUAGAGUAACGCACACUUAUUAAAUAUCGAAAAUCUACUCACGAUUAGACGUCAAACUUUUAUGAAGCACUUCACCUAUAGGUUUUAAAUCUAUAGAUUUCCGCCAUUUUGCUUUUCGAGCUUAUAAUGCCAAUUGCAGUAGCUACUUAAAAAUAAUCAAAAUUAUUUGUAUUUAAACAUAUUCUAGUCUAGUAUAAUUUUCCUAUUCCAUUAGGUUAUUUUUAGCAAUAAUUACAUUUAAUUUUAGUAUUAACGAAAUAUUUGUAAACGUCAAAUUUUCGCGCCUAAAUUUCGUAAUAUUUUUUUCUUUAUAGUCAAAGAUUAUGAUAUCAUAUGUUGUAUUAAUUUUUAAAAAAAAUGUUUUAUAAUAAUUUUAACAUCACAAUCGGAUAAAAAAGUGUGUAAAUAUUAUGUUUUUGUAAAUAAUUUUAAGCAUUUGAAAUGCAUUGAUAAUAAUUAGUGUAGAAAUUAAAUUCAGAUUUAUAAUUUUCAUAAUUUAAAAAAAAUGUAUAAUUACGAUUAUGGUCAAUCGUAGUAAUAAAAUAUUAUUAUAGUAAUGGAAGAUUAUUUUAUUGUUUUUUAUACAUCAUACUUUGUCAUUAUCGAUUAUUAAUUGAAUAAUUUCAAAUAUUAUUUUCAAGUUUCGGAUCUCGGAGAUAUUUUACGUUAAAGUAUUUUAAGUUUGUA